ACAGUCGAACGUUGGAAACCGCGGGCGACGGCCGCCUGAGUGUUCCUAUAACGAGCGAACAAGUUCCCGCGAACCAGAAUCCGAGCGCUGGUUCUAUUUUCAAAUUUAAGUGGUCAUUAUACGAAGUGACAUUGUGUUUUUUUUUUUUUUAAUUGGAACCAGUACUUUCUUUUUUUGAAAAUCUGUUUUUUUUUUUUUUUUUGUUGAACCUUUGAAAAAUUUUGUAGGAAUGUUUUCGUGAGUUUUUUUUUUGUGGUCUAAAUUAUUUUCGAGAUCCUCAUCGUAAGGCCGUAUCCUUCAUGAUGCAAGAAACGAACGAAACAUAUGAUAACAGCACGGAGAUCUACCAGCCCUACUACGAGAGGCCGGAGACCUACAUCGUGCCAAUACUUUUCGCUCUCAUCUUCGUGAUCGGUGUUGUAGGAAAUGGUACCCUAGUAGCGGUCUUCGUUAGGCACAAGGCCAUGAGAAACGUUCCAAAUACUUACAUUCUAUCACUGGCCUUGGCUGAUCUGCUAGUCAUCAUCACCUGCGUCCCCUUUACUUCGAUCGUGUACACCGUGGAAUCCUGGCCUUGGGGUAGGACUGUGUGCCAAGUGUCGGAAGCCGCCAAAGACGUCAGCAUCGGAGUGUCAGUUUUCACCCUGACAGCGCUGUCAGCGGACAGAUACUUCGCCAUCGUAGAUCCGCUGAGGAAACUACAUGCAACAGGGAGCAGCAAGAGAGCCACACGCUUAACAAUAGCUACAGCAAUCGGGAUAUGGAUAUUGGCAGGUCUGCUGGCAACGCCCGCCUUCAUCGGCUCCUACUUACGACCAUUCGUUGUCAAUCCAACUACACAGUUUCUCGUCUGCUACCCAUACCCCCAAGAGUGGGGAGAACACUAUGCCCAAAUCGUGGUCAUGGUGCGUUUUCUUCUCUACUACUCGUUGCCACUAGCUGUGAUUGCGUUAUUCUAUGUACUCAUGGCCUGGCAUUUAGUGCUCAGUACUCAGAACAUGCCUGGUGAAAUGCAAGGGACUCAGCGACAGAUGCGGGCGCGCAGGAAAGUCGCAGUAACUGUGCUGGCUUUCGUUCUGGUCUUUGCUGCCUGUUUCCUACCCUCACACGUCUUCAUGAUGUGGUUUUAUUUUUGUCCAACGGCCGAAAAUGAUUAUAACGGAUGGUGGCACGGGCUCCGGAUCGUCGGCUUCUGUCUUUCGUUCCUCAACAGCUGCGUCAAUCCAAUAGCUUUGUACUGCACCAGCGGAAUCUUCAGGAAGCACUUUAACAGAUAUCUCCUUUGUCGAGGCAGCUCCACCCGCGGUGCUAGAGGAUCCAUGUCCCUCUCCACCUCGAGACGCUUGCAUUCGAGUCGGAAGACCAACGUCAGCAUGGUGCCCAGAACCACUAGCAUGGGUCGUGACAGCAGCAUUCGUCUGCUGAACAACGGCUCCUCGAAGCUCUGAGGGCGCGCCCGCCGCCCGGCGCGGGACCUCCCCUUGCAGGACAAGUUUCAUUUCACGAACAAAACAGAUAUCAACGCACCCUUCCCGAAAUGCUGCGAGAAGGAGAACGGCAAAGACAGCAGCACGGAGAGUGUCUUGAUGCCCUUGGACACCUUCCGUCCCUGCUAACCCAGAGCCGGUCGGUCUGUCAAAACAGUCAGCUGGCGUCGGAAUUUAGAAGAUGGGUGAUCUUAGAAACCAAGUGACUUGGGAAUGCUAGAAAUGAUACAAGGUUUAAAAAACAAAGUGAAAGCCCUUAAUAGUUUCGCUCCGUUCGAGUAACAAUGAUCUUUUAGUUCUAGUCUGUUAAGGACCUUUUGGUUUCAAGUUGUGAGAAGUCUAAUAUCGUAAUGUUGUAAAUGUUAGAAGUCACUAUACUCCUUCCUACGAUUAAUCCUUAUUAGCUUACAACUCCUUUCUCAGUUGAAUUUCAAUAAUGGAAACUAUUGUAUUUAGCAUCGAUGUAAUUUUUUUUUAAUAUUUAUAAACCUUUCGUUACCUACCGCCUAGAUUUUUUUUAUAAUUAAAAUAAACUAGUGUCUAAUUUAAUUAAUUUAAAAAUAAUGAGUAGAUACCUAAUGAAAUUAAUUGAUUGUUAUUAUGUUUAUUCAAUGGAAUUUUCCUCGCAAAUUUCAUUUGAUAAACAUUGACUGUAGUGAUUUCGUUGUCGUCUUUAACUACCUACAAAACGAUCCUUCCGUGUGUUCCCUGAGAAUUUUAAUUAAUUUGAACUUAGACAUUUCUUAUAAAUAAUAUAUUGUAACUAUAUAAUAUUAAGCUAUGUAUGUUAAAUGUGUAUUAAUAUUAAUAAAAAAGUAAUCAACUGGAAAAAUCGACGUAAGAAAUUUAAUAAUAACUAGCGACCCGCCUUCGCUUCGCUUCGGAAACUGUAAUUUAUUAUUGAUUUCUCCACUAUUUAAUGAAUGUUAUUAUACAUAUAAACCUUCCUCUUCAAUCACUCUAUCUAUUAAAAAAAAUCGCAUCAAAAUCCGUUGCGUAGUUUUAAAGAUUUAAGCAUACAUAGGGAUAUAGGGACAGAGAAAGCGACUUUGUUUUAUACUAUGUUGUGAUUAUGUAGUUUUAUUUUCAUGCUAGACAGAGAGCGCUCUAUGUUAAAUAAUGGUAUUCACAUGCAGAGCAAUUUACUUAGCAAUAUACUUACCAAACGGUUAUGCGGAAAAGGAGAGAGAGGAUUCCCUCAUAAUAACAACUUGAAAUAUUGCUUCGAGAUAAGUAUUAUCUAUUUGUUAUUUAUUUACUAUAUCGAGGGAUGUAUAGGCUAUUCCAUAUAAAUGAUAUUUUUGCAACUUUACAGGAGAGCCAUUUUAAGAGUUAAAAUUUGGAAAAAAUAUAUUUUUUUUUUUAUUGCUUAGAUGGGUGGACGAGCUCUCAGCCCACCUGGUGUAAAGUGGUUACUGGAGCCCGUAGACAUCCACAACGUAAAGGCGCCACCCACCUUGAGAUAUAAGUUCUAAGGUCUCAAGUAUAGUUACAACGGCUGCCCCACCCUUCAAACCGAAACGCAUUACUGCUUCACCGUAGAAAUAGGCAGGACGGUGGUACCCACCCGCGCGGACUCACAAGAGGUCCUACCACAAGAGGUCAUAACAAAAAACCUUUUUAAGCUAUUUCAGUGGAGUAAACUUAAUUGAAGUUCAAUUAAAAACAUCGAACUGUUGAUGCUAAUAACAAAUAAAACGCAUUAAAAAAAUAAAAGUCGCGUAUUAAGUGAGAUGGCGCUUAAACCAAAUGGCUGGUGGUAGGACCUCUAGUGAGCACGCGCGGGUAGGUACCACCACCCUGCCAAUUUCUGCCGUGAAGCAGUAAUGCAUUUCGGUUUGAAGCGUGGGGCAGCCGUUGUAACUAUACUUGAGACCUUAGAACUUAUAUCUCAAGAUGGGUGGAGCGUUUACGUUGUAUAUGUCUAUGGGCUCCAGUAACCACUUAACAGCACGUGGGCUGUGACCUCGUUCAUCCAUAUAAGCAAUACAAAAAAAAAGGCUUUCACGCCUGGAUAUAAUAAAUGCAUCAUUGUUGGUUUUAAAAAUUUAAUCACGGUCGUAGUAAGCAAUCAUAUUUAAAUGUAUUAUUUAAUUUUAAUGUAACGUACAGUACCAGGCAAUAAAUAUUGCACAUCGAUAUUUAGAAAGAAAGAGUCGUCUAAUUUUGUUUUUGUUGUAGGGCUUUACCUGUGUGCGAUGAAACACUAACGAUCCGGUAUCUAUGGAGUUCAAAUGUCAAUUAGAUAACGUGUGACAGGUAUAACGCUCUACGAAGCAAAAAUUAACCGUCUCUCUCCCACGGUCGAUGUGCAAUAUUUAUCGCCGGGUACUGUAAAUGUGUAAUAUGAGUUAAACGUUUAGCUUAAAUCCCUGCUAAUAUAUAAAUGUGAAUGUAAGUUUGUUUGUUACCCUUUCACGCGAAAACUACUCAACCGAUCAUAAUGAAACUUUGUACACAUAUUCUUGGAGGUAUUAGAAGUAGCAUAGGACUUUUUAUUAUGAAAAAAGGCAUAGGGCAUGAUAGAGGGUACAAGACCGCGCGGCAGAUCACAGUUACGAUGGACCGACCAAAUAAAGGCAGCUCUAAACGGUCCCGUUAACGAGUGCACAAGAAGGGCCGCGGUACGCGAGGAAUGGCGACGUCUGGUGAAGCGCACCACCAACCGAAGUGAUGAUCACGACCACUCUGCCAAGAGUGCAUACGACUGAGAAGAAGAAGUACUAAUAGAUUGAAUCAAUUGAAUUUUUCAAUCAAUCGAUCAAUCAAUUGAAUUUUUUUUAAAUCUAUAUGGAAAUAGGUAAAGACAAAACCAUUUUCCCCUAUACUUUGCAGCUGAUUUACUUUUGUUCAUUUUUAGUUUGAUACCUUUUAACGAGCUUAAGAUAUAUGAACUAAAUAAUUUCAUAAAUAGUUGAUUUUAAUUAUUUUAUUCUUACAAUAUAGAACAUUCACUGCAUCCUAUGGCAAAAUUUGAUACAUUAUCUAGAUACCUAUGUAAUAAAUGUGAUAAAAAGUUUUAUUAUGUCACGUAAACAUUUUACGAAACUGUCAUUAGAUUGAAUGUGACAAUUGGUUAACUAAGUAAUAUUUGAUAACGCCUAUCAUUAUUCGAAGUCGUCGGAUGCGACGAAGAGCUCGACGUGCAACUUAACCACAGACACAACCCGCUAGGUUUCUCGCUCAAUCUUCUCAGUGAAUCGCGAUUCUGAUCUGAUGGUUUGAGCGAAGCACUUCUCGUGCUGAGACAGAUGUUAGCAAGUAUUUUGGGCUGAUCCCGUGAGCUUGCUUAUCAUUCCGGAUUAGCAGGAGUAGGCCCACGAAAUUACUGAUUUUAUAAGAGAGAAAAAAGUUAUAGCUGUCUUAUAGACACCCGGUGCAACGGAGCGGUGCUUUUAGAUACCUCAAGCACCGGUCAUCGUUCUCGCCGAACCCGUCGCUUGCGGCGAAGGGCUCGACGAGUAAAUUAACUCACAGGCACAGCCCAGAUCUUCCACAGAUCUUCUCAGUGGGUCGCGUUUCCGAUCCGGCAGUAGAUUAUGCGAAGCACGCCUCCUGCUAGGGUUCGUGUUAGCAACAACGUCAGGCUUGAGCCCCGCGAGCUCACUUACUAGUUCGGUGAAUCUAUAAUAAUCCCAAGAGAUUACUCUCGUAAAACAGGUAGGAAAAAAAAAGAACGGAAUUCCUUUGCCUAUAUCUUUUUUGUAUUUGUAAUAAGGAAUAAUUAAAUAAAAAAUAAAGAGUCAAAAUAAACUACAUAAUCGUAAAAUGUAAAUAAAUGCAGUUUGCAUUACAGAUAAAUUUCUAGGAUACUAGGUAUUGUAAAAAAUUGUAAUUAUUUUAUUAUUUUUUAUAAAUACAUCAAACAUUUCUGGGUAUUCUCUAAGCUUAAGUUUCUCUGGUGUUUAGGAAGUGGUUCAAAAAUCACUGUAAGAAUAUGCUGUUUCAUUCGUCACUGUUAAACUUCAUACAAAAAAAAACAAUUAUUCGAUUUGAAAGAAAAUCAGAAAGUUUUUGGUUAACACUCUUUUUACUAAUAAAAUUUUGGUAAAAGGGAUUUAAAUGAAAUCGAUUCACAAAGAGGAAACUGAAAAUACAGACUAUUCUUUUUUUUUAUAUUUCGAUUGAGGAAACAUAAUCAAAAUUUUAUUCAAACAAGAAAUAUUCUAAUAGUUUGUACAUACGUCUUUCGUAUUGUACAUAAUAAUACCUAUAUGUUCAUUGUAUUAAUUAAUAUCAAUAAAAAGUAUGUACGUUUUAAAAUAUUUAUAAGUGAAACUUGAUGAACUUUAAAAUGAUCUUCAAAAUUAACGGUCGCUGUAAUUUAAAUUUGUAUUUUAGAUUUUACUAAAUUAUUAUUAGGGGGUGGAUUUGUUAACAUAAUUAAUGCACACCUAUGUAAAGUUAAUAAAUAUUUUUGAAUAGAUAAAAA